AGGAGAUACGAGGAUAUGUUGUCACAGUCGACGGCUGAUAACGGCGCAAGCUUCUGGCCCAACGCAUUCAACUCUCCUAUAUAUAGUGGACGAAUAACACACAACGGCGGCGUGUCAUUAUCAUUUCCGCUGUUUUCCACCAUCGCGUGCACGACAAAAGUCCUGAACAUGAGUCGGAGAGAUGAUACACUUUGGAAACGAAAGGAACUCACGAGGAGGUCAAUGGGUUUCGUGUUCAUUGCAUGGAUGGUGACUACAGUUCAGUGUUGUGCCCCAGAUGGGAGGCCGAACGUGCUUCUGAUAAUUGUUGAUGACCUACGUCCGACGCUCGGAAUUUAUGGCGACCGAUUAGCGAUCACACCAGCUAUCGACAGUUUGGCUAACAAUGGCAUCGUCUUCGCAAACGCUCAUGCCCAGCAAGCGCUAUGCGCUCCAAGCAGGACAUCUUUCCUGACCAGUCGACGUCCUGACAGCUUGCAUCUGUAUGGAACGGGUCCUUACUGGAGGACACACGCGGGCAACUUCACUACCAUCCCACAAUACUUCAAAGGACACGGCUACCAUACAGUGAGCGUUGGAAAGGUGUUCCACCCAGGACCUAUUUCCGGCCACACGGAUGACUACCCUUUCAGUUGGUCUCAAGAACCUUAUCAUCCUUCGUCACUGCGCUUCGAAAAUACCAAGGUGUGUCCGGACCCUGACGGAACUCUCGAAAACAACCUGCUGUGUGCGGUGAACGUGACUUCCCAACCAGAAGGGACGCUGCCAGACAUACAGAGCACGGCUUACGCAUCAGCGUUUCUGCGUCGCUGGGCAAAACGCAGUUCGGGUGGCCCCGAUGGACGUUUCUUCCUCGCUGUUGGUUUUCACAAACCUCACAUCCCUUUCAGGAUUCCGGCGAAGUACCUGAGCAUGUAUCCUCUGUCGAAUAUAUCGCUCGCUCCAGAUCCCACUCUUCCCAGUGGGCUGCCGUCCGUCGCAUGGAACCCGUGGAUGGACCUGAGGAGGCGCAGGGACGUUGCGGCUCUCAACAUCAGCUUUCCCUACGGACCGAUGCCAGUUCCUUUUCAGAAGGCAGUCCGCCAGCAAUACUACGCCGCAGUUUCUUACAUUGACGACCAAGUUGGACAGCUACUGCAAGUUCUGGAGGAGACGAGGCUCCGAGAUGAUACCCUUAUUGUGCUUAUGGGCGACCACGGUUGGUCUCUCGGCGAGCACCAAGAAUGGGCAAAGUACAGCAACUACCAAGUAGCGACGCGGACGCCCCUCAUCGUCUCAUUCCCUCCGUGUGACGAAGGACGGGUACCUAGGGUAAACCCCGUCCCCGAGCCCGUUAUGCUGUUGGACCUGUUUCCAACGAUGGCCAUCGCUUCACGCUUACCCGCACCACGACCUUGCAGCGCCAUUCCGAUUGCGGGAGAUAAAUUCACGUGCACCGAGGGUAGGAACCUGUUGGCGGCGGCGUCCAGCAUAACGCCGUUGGGCUCGAGACGGGAAAUCCUAACCCAGUACCCGAGACCGUCCGUGCAACCGAGGUGGGACAGUGACCAACCGAAGGAGGACGCUAUUCAAAUUAUGGGCUACUCCAUGCUGUCUAUGGAAUACCGGUAUACAGAGUGGAUCAAGUUCAACGGUAGCACUUACGAGAAGGACUGGGGAGUGUGUUACGCGCGCGAGUUGUACGAUCUCCAAGCUGAUGGCAUGGAAGACCACAACGUCGCAGGGUUAUCUCACUAUGCAGGUCUUGUAGAGCGGCUGUCACAAAGGCUCAAGUACAUUGUAGGGGAUCUUUUCAAGAAUGGAUAUUCGUAACCCCUG